AGAAAAAGAUUUACCGAGAGAAAUUUUCAAAAAUAUUAUUAACUAAGAAGUAGUUAAUUAAUAAAGAUUGCAUUGAUGUCUAUGGGGACAAGCACAUUUUUAAAAAUAAAAAAAACCCAAAUUUUUAAAAUAUCAAUAAAUGCUUCGGUGGCAAGAUGCAUUUCAUCAUUAGGAAUACAAACACAACUGAAAAUAAUUUUUACACCGUAUAUAUUUUUAAGAAUUAAUUUUUAUAAAUUAAAAGCAAAGGGGGGCAACUCUUCAAGAAAAGGACAAGGUCAUUAAUUAGGGCACAUUUUGCUCUUACAUACUGACACUUAAACAUGAAAAUUAUGUCAAAGUAUACUAAGUAUGAAGCCCAAAGAAAUCUGUUAUGCAUACAAAUUCAUUGAAUCUGAGGCUAUUGUGGAUCGGAUACCUUAAGAUCAGUUGCUCUUUUUCACUUGUAUAGUGGAAAGAUAGCCGACUAUUCUAUGUAUGAAUUGACUUAUUGUAGGUACAAUAGUCAGGCCUCCACCCUAUAUUUACAAAUGUGACAUCAUAGUAUCAUUCUCGUUUGGCUUUCCGGAUGUUAUCAGUUCCUUCUGAUGUGGAUUCUGACCCAUUUAGUGUAUCAAACUACUUGCCAAGUUUUGAUUCUGAAUCAGAUGAAAAUAAGAAGGUUUUGGAGUCCGAAUCCACCCCAAAUUCAUUGAGAGCUAGCCGCAACGCAAUGGAAAAACAGGACAUCUUGACAGAGAAAACAGUGAGCAUUUUGAAGCAGAGCCCACCCCAGUUUCAUUGAGAUUUAGCUGCAACACAAUGGAAAAACAGGACAGCUUGACCCUCAGGGAAAGCAGUGAGCAUUUUGAAGGAGAGUCCACCCCAAAUUCAUUUAGAUCUAGCCGCAACACAAUGGAAAAACGGGAAGUCUUGACCCACAGAGAAAACACUGAGUAUUUUGAACGAGAGUCCACCCCAGAUUCAUUUAGAGCUAGAUGCAACAUAACGAAAAAACAGGACAUCUUGACUCUCAGGGAAAAAAAGUAUCUGUAUGUGCCAGAAUUGUUUGAAGUCCAGACCAAUUCCAUUGUUCAAGAGGAGGGAAACUUAGCUGCAGAGAAAUCUACAUGUGAUAGUCUUCAUUCUAAUAAAGGCUCACAAGCAUGUCAAAGUGGCAUAAUGGAUUUUGUUGAAAAUUCAAACCUUAGCACCCUAUCCGAGGAAGUUUCAUACCAUUGUUUUCCCUCUCUCAGUUCCUAUGAUGAAAGCAGUCAACUUGAUAGGGUCAGUGUCGGAGUUACGUGUACACAAUCCUAAAGGUCCAAGUACAGCACCUGAAUCACAUGUGACUGAAGAAGAUUUGAUGUCCAAACCCUGCAAGAAUCGAAGUGCAAAUGAAUCGGAUGUUACACCACAAGAGUGCUCCUUUGAGAUCGAAGACGAUGAUGGAGCUAAAGUUCUUGCAAGCCCAGUUGCAGCCAAGAAGAAUAAAAACAGCUCAAAUGAUAUAUCUUUGUUGAAGGUUAAAUGGUCUAAAGAUGAGACGGAAGCAAUCAAAUGCUUCCUCCAAGGUACAUCUUUGAUAGAAAAGACAACAAUACUGGUAACCUACCUAGUAAAAGAAAAAUCCAGGAGUUUUUGGAAAAACAUAAAAUGUAUUCAUUGGAAGGGCUUGAUGAGAGGACCGAAAUUAUUGAAGAUUAGAUCUAAAAUCUUCAACGAGAGAAAAACAACAAGACUUAGGACAUUCAAAAAAUUAACUGAAAUGAAAUAAAUGAACAAGCAACAAUGAAUCUCAUCAUUUUACAUGUAAUGUAACUGUAAUGUAACAACAAGACGUAGGGCAUGUAUGAUAAUAUAUUUUUAGCUCACCGAGACGAAGUUGGUUGGAGCUUAUGCAAUACAAUCGGCGUCGGCGUCCGGACCUGGUAAAAGUUUUUGUUGCAGGUCCUCUAUCUAAGUUAUUACUUAUCCUAUCUUCACCAAACUUGCAUGGAUGAUGCAUCUGGACCUUUUUAUGAACUUGAAAGACUUGGAUGCUAAAUCUGGGCCAUGAAUUUCAGAUGCUGGAGGAGGUUAAGGUUUUUGGAACAUGUUAAAGUUUUUGGUGCAGGUGCCCUUUAAUGGCAAUUUGUAAGUUACUACUGAUCCAAACUUGUGUGGAUGAUGCGUCUUAUGAUACUGAUGCACCAUACAGGCUUGAAUGCUGAAUCUGAGCCAUAGGUUUUGGAUGCUGGAGGAGGAUAAGGUUUUUAGAGCUGGUUAAAGUUUUUGGAGCAGGUGCCCUCUGAUGAUUAUAUCAUAGCUACUACUGGUCCUAACUUCAUCAAACUUGCAUGGAUGAUGCAUCUUAUGAUACUGAUGCACCAUACAGGCUUGAAUGCUGAAUCUGAGCCAUAGGUUUUGGAUGCUGGAGGAGGAUAAGGUUUUUAGAGCUGGUUAAAGUUUUUGGAGCAGGUGGCCUCUGAUGAUUAUAUCUUAGCUACUACUGGUCCUAACUUCAUCAAACUUGCAUGGAUGAUGCAUCUUAUGAUACUGAUGCACCUGACAGGCUUGAAUGCUGAAUAUUAACCAUAGGAUUCCGAUGCUGGAUGAGGUUAUGUUUUUUGGAACAGGUCACAUAAUUGAUAUAUUUAGUACUAUUUCAAAUUUGCAUAGUUGAUUUAACGAUAAUAUAAAUGAAUUGCAAAGGUAGCUUCAGAUGCAGAGCCUGAUCUCUAUUAUCAAGGAUGCUAAAAAAUGUAUCUUAAUAAUUACUGGUCCUAACUUUACCAACUUGCAUCGAUGAUGCCUCUUAUGAUACUGAUGCAUCUGGCAGGCUUGAAUGCUGAAUCUGAGCCAUAGGUUUUGAAUGCUGGAUGAAAUUUAGUUAUAUUUGAACAGGUCACAUGUUUUAUAGAUAAAAGCUUGCAUAAUAGUUAAUUUAACUAUAAUAUAAUGAAUCAUAGAGGUAGCUUCAGAUGCAGAUCCUGAUCUCUAUUAUCAAGGAUGUUUUUAAAAAAUCUCCUACCUCACUCUAACCUGAUUGAUAGAUGUGUUUGUUGUGAAAUGAUAUAACAUGAUAUAUAGUAUUGUAUGAUUUGAUACACUAUUGUUUUAUAUGAUACAAUAUUAUAUCAUAUAUUAUAUUAUAAAAAGUUAUCAAAUACAAAGUGAUAUUGUAUCACUAUUUUUGUGCAUUAUGAUAUGAUAUUGUAUCAUUAUAUUGUUAUGUAAAGUAUUUUUUAUAAAGAUGCAAUAAUGUAUGAAAUGAUAUUGUAUUAUAUUCUAUUUUAUCACAUGCUAUUGUUUCAUAUUAUAUUGCCAUACAUAAUAUGGUAUAAUAUGAUAUGAUGUUGUAUUGUGGUAUAUAAUAUCUUAUCACAUGAUAUGAUAUUGUAUAAAAUGAUAUUGGUUUAUAUGAUAUAUUAUUGUAUCACAUGAACUUGUAUUAUUUGAUAUUGUAAUGUAUCAUAUGAUGCUAUUCUGUAUCAUAUAUUAUGAUGUCGUAUUAUGUGAUCAAAUGCAAUAAUGUAUAACAUGACAUGGUGUCAUAUCAUAUGUAACAAUAUCAUAUUGCAUCAUUAUAUAAUACAGUAUUUUAUUUUAUUAUAUGAUAUGUAUAUUGUAAGUAUCAUAGGAUGCAAUAUCAUAUUUUAUAUUUUGUAUUGAUUAAGAUUGUAUCUUAUAAUACCAUAUGAAAUGAACAUAUGAUUAUCAUACAAUUUUUUAACAUAUGAUAUAGUAACAUGAUAUUGUGUUGAAACAGUAUCCAUGGAUAUCAAAGAUCAUUAACUGAAAUUUUCAUGUAAUAUGAUAAAAGUGGUCUCAUAAAGGUGGUGCUUUAUAAAGGUGAUGCUUUAUAAAGGUGAUGCCUCAUCUAGGUGCUUUGUAAUCUGUGAUUACCUUUAUUUCUUAUAAGGCAAGAGAGUGGCCCCUAAACGUGAUAUGUAUUGCAGAAGACAUCCUAAUGUCUUUAUGUUUGAAAAAAAAAACAAUAUUUUUUUAGCUGCAUAAUCCUUUUCGUCCUUAAAUAUUUUUUUAUGUCAUGCAUUUGUUCAGUCAUUUUUGUUCCCAGAGUAACUUUUAAACUUCUUUGUCAAUUUCUUACAUGUGUACUUAUUAUAAAUGUUAUUCAUUAACAUUUGUUAAUGAAUGGUUCAAUCAAUACAUGAUCUUUGAUCACCUUUUUUGAUUGUUAUAUAUGAAUUAUGAAGAAUAAGUAAAUCAAUAUUAAGAACUUUAUUUUCUUGAAAUUUAUGAAAUUUGAAAUAUAAAGGUUGAGAAUAGAUUAUGAAUAUUUUGAUUUCAUAAAUUUACAGAUCCUUACAUACAUGAUUUCGUUGCACAGAAAAAAAUGAAACUGUAUAAUUGAACUGUAAGUUCACCAAAAUAAUGGACAUGUUAUGUACAUUGAAUUUUGAAUGCCAAUGAUUGCUGUAUUAAUAAAUUUGAAAUGAAUAAUUGUUUAAACUUUCAAAAUUGAACUAAUGUUUACACCCUGAUCCAUAAAUUAUGAAUGAAAUUUAUUUGAAAUUAUUUUUGAUGAUUAGUAAAGUUUGUUCAUGAACUUGAAAUGUUUUUUUUUCAUUUAUUUAAUAUGUGAAAUUCUAAAAUACAUUAGGACACAUGUAGAAUGGAUUGAAUUGAGAAGAUUAUCCUCAGUAGGGACGUAAAUUAAAAAUGCUUCAUGUUUUCCCCAUUUUCACAAAUUUUGUGACGCGAAAAAAACCCUAUAAGACUGAAGGUUUUUUCAAAAGUGUGGGCAUGAUCAAUACAGGUUUGGGUAUCUCCACACAGUGAAAAGGGCUUGCAAAUCACGAAAGUUAUGGUAAGUAAAAAAUGGUCUACCUAAACCCUAAUUAGGUAAUAUGUUAAAAAAUGUAUGAUCGGUUUCCCAUAGCCGCACAAGACAAUAGCAACAUAAUAGAGGGAUAAUAUAGUAUAUUUUUGAGGGCUAGUAGUAAUGAAAAAUCAACAGAUGUGAGAUUAUUGUCAUUCCACAGACCUCUAAAUGACCAUCUAUGAAUAUUAAAAGUCCACACCAUCAACUAUGUGAGAUAUUAGCAAAGCUUACAUAUACAUGUGCACAGUGACCUUGCAUUAUAUCGUAUUUCUAUGUUGCGUGGCUAUAAAAAAUGAUAGAGCACUUGCAAAUCAUGAAAGUUAUUGUAAAAAAGAAUGGUCUACUUAAGCCCUAAAAAUAUAAAUAUAAAAAUAUAUGCAGGGUCUCCUUAAGCCUUAUGAGAGAAUAAAAAAAUAUUAAGGAGACCAUUUUUAGCUCACCGAGACGAAGUCAAGGGGAGCUUAUGCUAUACCCCCGGCGUCGGCAUCGGCGUCCGGACCUAGCAAAAGCUUUUGUUACAGGUCCUGUAUCUAAGCUAUUACUUGCCCUAUCGUCACCAAACUUGCAUGGAUGAUGCAUCUGGACCUCCUUAUGAACUUGAAAGACUUGGAUGCUGAAUCUUGGUCCUAAAUUUCAGAUGCUGAAGGAGGUUAAGGUUUUUGGAGCAAGUUAAAGUUUCUGUUGCAGGUGCCUUUUGAUAGCAAUAUCUAACUUACUCCUGGUCCUAACUUCACCAAACUUGCAUGGAUGGUGUGUCUUAUGAUACUGAUGCAACAGACAGGCUUGAGUGCUGAAUCUGAGCUAUAAGUUUUGGAUGCUGGAGGUGGUUUAAGUUUUAAAGAGCUGGUUAAAGUUUUUGUUGCAGGUGCCCUCUGAUGAUAAUAUCUUAGUUACUACUGGUCCUUACUUCACCAAACUUGUAUGGUUGAUGCGUCUUAUGAUACUUAUGCACCAGAUAGGCUUGAAUGCUGAAUCUGAGAUAUAGCUUUCGGAUGCUGGAGGUGGUAAAGGUUUUAAGAGCUGGUUAAAUGUUUUGUUGCAGGUGCCCUCUGAUGAUAAUAUCUUACUUAUUACUGGUCCUUCACCAAACUUGUAUGGUUGAUGUGUCUUAAGAUACUGAUGCACCUGACAGGCUUGAAUGCUGAAUCUGAGCCAUAGGUUUCGGAUGCUGGAGGAGGUAAAGGUUUUUGGAACAGGUCACAUGAUUUUUUAGAUGAUAAACUGCAUAGUUGAUUUAACUAUAUUAUAAAUGAAACGCAGAGGUUGCUUAAAAUGCAGAGCCUGAUCUCCAUUAUCAAGGAUGCUAAAGAAAUCUCCUACCUCACUUAAACCUGCUUGAUAGAAAGAUGUGGUUGUUGUUAAAUGAU